UGCUCAAUCCAUCCCUUCAGGCUUUCAACCCACACGACAUACUCACCCACAGCUCCGACUUUCUCACCAAAAUCUGUGUGUGAGAGAGAGAGAGAGACGCAACAACAAUGUCGACUUCCUUAUCCUCCCUCACCUUCUCCUUCUCUUCCCUCUCCUUUUCUUCCCAUAUUUCCCACAAACCAAACAGCCUCUCUUUCCACCGGCCCAGGUCCCUCUCCCUCUCGCACCUGUCCGCUCCCCCUUCUCUCGUCUUCCUCGCCUCCGCCGCCCCCCUGGCAGAGCUUGAGACGACGGACCUAAAGAAGUACGUCAAAUCCAGGCUUCCCGGUGGCUUCGCCGCCCAAACAAUUAUAGGCACCGGCCGCCGAAAAUGUGCCAUUGCUCGCGUCGUCCUCCAAGAAGGUACCGGCAAAGUUAUCAUCAAUUACCGUGACGCCAAGGAAUAUCUUCAAGGCAAUCCAUUGUGGCUUCAGUAUGUCAAAGUCCCAUUGGUAACUUUGGGAUAUGAAAGUAAUUACGAUGUUUUUGUCAAAGCUCAUGGGGGAGGCCUCUCUGGUCAAGCUCAGGCAAUCUCCUUGGGCAUUGCUCGUGCACUGCUAAGGGUGAGUGAGGACCACAGAAGACCUCUGAGAAAGGAAGGGCUUCUGACCAGGGACUCCAGAAUUGUUGAGAGGAAGAAAGUUGGUCUCAAGAAAGCUCGCAAAGCCCCCCAGUUCUCCAAACGUUGAGGUGGGCGUGACCAAUCUUCCACACUUCACCGGAUUUGGGAAUGUUCAUUGUUCAAUGACUUCCUCCAACUCGUGUUCUUCCUUCUUUUCUUUACGUAAUGAACCACUUUAUUUCUGCAAAUCUCGUCUUCUCUUUUCUCUCAACUUUCUCCUCGUAUUUCAUCUCAUUUUAUGAAUGUAAAAAUAUUAUGCAGUAUCCGUUACGAAUGUAAAUAACGUAUUUAAAUGUUC